AUGCAGGCGGGAGAUUAUCACCGCGAAAAUGGAUUGCAUUUACGUGAAAACGGUCUUCACCUUCGCGAAAAUGGACUCCUUCGGGAAGACGAUCAUCUCCGGGAUAGUAGUAGUAUCGAACACAGUUUAAAGCUCAGGCUUUCAAACGGCCAUAGUAGUUACGAUGUUGCCAAAUUAACAUCUAACAGACACCCCAUUCCGAACGGAUACAAACACGAGUUCAUAGGGAAUUCUGAUGAUGUCAAGCAAUUUGAAACUUCCAAUCCGCCAUCUCCUGCUGUGGACCCCCAAAAUCCCUAUUUUUAG